AGGGUGACUAUGUGAUGUCAUGACGUUUUAAAAGGUCAUAUUGACGCCACCCAGUAUUAUAUUACAAAUACAACUGGUACACACCGCCAGUGUUGUGGUAUAUAGCAGAGGAGCCGAGGAGAAACAUUAGAUUUCGGCCGCUGUCAGUCGCUGGACGACGCUCAAAAUGGGCACCCGACAAAUGAUGCAGAAGCUGAACAAGGCCUUGAGCCGUUACGGAAAUUUCCACCCGUCGCCAUUGUCUCUGAAGAAACUGUUGGACUUUGGUCGGUCCAAGAAUGCGUGUGAGAAGAAGUCGUUCACGUUCCUGCGGCAGGAGCUGCCCGUGCGCCUGGCCAACAUCAUGAAGGAGAUCAACCUGCUGCCAGACACGCUGCUCAAGAUGCCGUCAGUCGAGCUGGUGCAGAGCUGGUACAUCCAGAGUCUGACAGAGAUCUUGCACUUUGAGAAUAAGAGUCCAAGUGAUUCAGCAAUUAUAGAAAACUUCCGACAGACCCUGACCUGGCUCUACUUUCUUCUUAGCGAUGAUGAACAAAUGAGGAAGACCCUCACAGAUUUUACAGAGACGCUGUACAACAUCAGAAAACGACACAGCAACGUUGUGGAGACGAUGGCUCAGGGCGUGAUCGAACUCAGGGACACCCACGGCAUCGACCACCAGACAGACUCCAACAUACAGUACUUCCUGGACCGCUUCUACAUGAGCAGAAUAAGCAUCCGGAUGCUGAUCCACCAACAUGUUCUCCUGUUCUCCCCGACACAAGAGACACACCCCCGCCAUGUGGGCAGUAUAGACCCUAACUGUGAGGUGGAGUCAGUUGUUUUAGAUGCUUAUGAGAAUGCCAAGUUUCUCUGUGACCAGUACUACCUGGCCUCACCCGAACUGGACUUGGUCUCUCAUAAUGGUAUUAAGAAAUCAUCCCCCAUCACAGUGGUGUAUGUGCCCUCUCAUCUGUACCACAUGCUGUUUGAGCUGUUCAAGAACGCCAUGCGAGCCAUAGUGGAAUACCACGGUACUGCAGCUCUGGACUACCCCAAGGUCAAAUGCCAGGUGUCCUUGGGAAAGGAGGAUCUCACCAUUAAGAUAUCUGACCAGGGCGGCGGUAUCCCCAAGUCAGCCAUGGAUGUCCUGUUUAACUACAUGUACUCCACGGCUCCACAACCCCCCAAGUCUGGGUCAACAACUGCACCUCUGGCUGGUUAUGGUUAUGGACUGCCGCUGUCACGUCUGUACGCCAAGUACUUCCAGGGGGACCUGCAGCUGGUGUCUCAGGAGGGCUACGGCACCGACGCCCUCAUCUGGCUCAAGGCGCUGUCAAGUGAAGCCAACGAGCUCCUUCCCGUCUUCAACACGACAUCCUCCCGCCACUACGGUACCAACAUCCCGACCUCGGACUGGAGCUCACCGUACACCCCGCGGGGUUCGCAGAACAGUGUCAGGACCUUCCUCACCUUCAGAAUAUGAGCAGCAGGCGAGACUGGGACCUCAGAGUCUGUGCAGAAGAACAAGCUGUCUUAGUCUUAGUUCCCUCACCUGUUGUGGUGUGUGAAGUGCACGGGUAAACUCACUUCAUAGGCCCUGUGAGAAUUUGGUCACGUGCCACCGACUGUGCCCCACUGUCAACGGACAGGAACGCACUAGCAUGUCCGCACUCUUGGACUUGCCUCAGCUUAUCUCUAAAUGGUACGCUCUUGCAGAUUUCACCAGUAUCUUUAUGAGAAAUUUGCCAACACUUUGACAUAAUUUACUACUGCGUACCAUUUUGAGAACUUAAUCUACGUUGGCGUAAAUUGCAUAAGAGCAAAUUCUCACAAGAGUCUUCCCAUGAAGUGUGGGGUUAUAGAGGACAAACCAAGAAGAACAAUUCAAAUGUGUGUGCAACAACAACAAAAACACCAGCAUCAUUAGAACUUGCACCCAAAAAAAUACAAGGUCACAGAAAAAAAAGAAAGAACACACUUUGACAACAUGAAAAAUAGUUCGUCAACCCCAUUAAAAAUUCUUCUUGGUCUGUACCUACAUUUGUAGUUGUACAUCCUUGUCUGCAUCCGAAUACUACUUGAUGGAGACUUGAUGCUAUAUGGAAGGUGUUGAUUAUGAUUGCAAGCAGUAGAAGGUGAAAGAAGAUAGUAGAGGGAAAGGACUUGUCGUGGGACUUGAAGACAAAAUACUAGUGUAAUGUUUCAAGCAAGGUUGAGUUAGGGCAAAACAAUUGAGUUGACAGAAUGGGGAAAUAGGUUGAUAUAUGGGAACAAAAGAGCCGUAAGGGACAGUUUGUAAAACCGUACAGAAUUGUAAAUGUGUGUAUAUGUAUGUAAAACUUAUUUUCCUUGUGAAUCGACAUGUAUUUUGACACGUAAAGUUGACUUUUUGAAGUGGAUAUAUUUGAUAUAGACCAGAAUUAGUCUUGUAGACGUCUCUGAUGAGCAUAAAAUUCCUUGAAUCCGUGGUUAUUGGCCUUGUGAAUGUGGUGCUAGCUUUACUUCUGGGUGAUGACAUGUAUACAGUGAAAUUUACCUGCCGAAUGUGUAGUAUAAGAGCUAAAUGUUAGAAAUACAUGCAUUUUGCUAACAUGUAAACUGCACAGCUUACUGCAUAAGAAUUUGGAAUAGAGAAAAAAAUAGUUUUCACUUCCCAGUCUUCACUUGCCAGACACACAAAAAUUGGUGAAGAUGUAACCAUGGUAAGAGCCAAAUCAGCCAGAAGGUAAAUUGAGGUGAGGAUUAUAUACGAUGUUCAAUCUAUGAUACACACAUGUCCCCAUUUACAUUUACAAAGUUACUCUAUGCCUAGUAGAUUUCUUAGAAGUCAAGACAUCAUCUUAUAAGGAGUGCUCUGUUCAUUUUGGAAGUCAUGUUUGAUUUCCUUUGAUUUUGAAGAACAUGCCUUAAAGUGGCUUUUUUUUAAACUUCUCAGAAAUUUUCUUUGAACUCACUUGGAUACACACAAUGACCAGGUGUGCAAAGAAGUUUCAUUGGUUUGGCCAGAUGAUAGUUGGACUUUGGACAUUUUGCCAGUAUGUUAGCCUUUACAGUCAUUGUGUCUCUGUACACAAAUAUGGCUGCAUGGUGAAAGGUUUUGAAUGUGGUUAUGAUAUAUGUAGAUGAAGUGCAAGUCACGUUCAUUUAAAACAUUCAAAUUUGUGGUUGAUAAUGGAUAUGAAAUAUCAUAAUGUACACAUGUUUGAAAUUAUGCUUGUGUUUCACAUAGCCAUUAGGUCAUCAACUGUUGGGUUUUAGAUUAUUGUUUAUUCUUUUGUUUUGUUUUUGAAAUGUGAAGUCUUGUAUCACACUAGUAAAAUCUGUAGUUUCUGGAAUCCUGCAGUUAAAAUGAACAUUACUGAAAGAGAUGUAAAUAGUAUGUUAAAAUAGUCAUGUUUAUUUCCUCCAUUUUAUGUACAUAUUUUGUACAUAGAUUAUGUGUACAUGUGGGUUAUCAACUACAUUAAUUUUGUAUGUCAUGUGUAUGAACUAUGAGGGCCAUAAAGGGGUUACAAGAGGACCAGAUGGGGAAAGGGGUUUCCGGAAAUGGAUACGAAUUGAACAAAAAGGAAAGAAUGUUUUGAAAAAAGGCAUGCAUUUGCCAUGUGAAACAACCAGACACCUUACUGUGUUGUCAUCCUUUUUUUUAAGUUAACUCAAGUGUAGCAGAAUACUUUUUUUGAGUUCGGUAUUAUUAUAUUAAUCUAUAAAAUGGUUAUGUAACUUUUGUGUUGAUUUGCACAAGUGAUCUCACAUGUUGAAGAACUUCAAUAAAUUUGAUGUCAUUCACACUA